CAUUUUAUCUAAUAGUGAUUGUGCAAAUAAAAAUAAAAGAAAAUAAAAUAUUCAAUCAUGCAACUUUAAAAUAUUGUGAAAGUGAACUUUUAAAUAAAUAAACGACAUCUAUUGUAAAACAUGGCUACUGUGACUAAGUGGUGUGCGUAGUGAUAAUUUGCGUUGUGAUGUUUUGUGCCGUUACGAGAUGGCACUACCGUCGCCGUUGCGCCAGCGCCAGUUAACAUGGAUUGUGGAAAUCGGCGAAGUUUCGCCCUAUAAAACUGGGCCCUAUGAAAUACAUCUCAACAACAGCAAAUAUGAAAGAGAGGAUGUACAAAAGAAAACAUUCGCCAAAUGGAUAAACUCACAACUCGCUAAGAAUGGAAAGCCGUUAGUAGAAGACUUGUUCCAAGACCUGCGAGAUGGAGAAGUGUUGCUGUCUCUACUGGAGAUACUUACCGCACAGCAGUUUAAACGCGAGCGAGGUCGCAUGCGAGUUCACCAACUCAACAACGUUAACGCAGCGUUGCGAGCGCUGGCCGCGGCGGGCGUGCGUCUCGUCAACAUCAGCAGCGGUGACAUCGUCGACGGCAACCCCAAGCUUAUACUCGGUCUAGUAUGGAGCAUAAUUCUGCACUGGCAAGUCCACUACCAUCUCAAGGAGUUGAUGUCGGAACUGCAACAGACCAACCUUGAAAAGACUCUACUUGCCUGGUGUCGAACUCACACGCAGAACUACAUGGGAGUGAAAGUGGAGAACUUCACAUCGUCGUGGUCGGACGGUUUGGCCUUCAACGCGUUACUGCACCGCUGGAGGCCGCAGCUCUUCGACUACUCGGCUCUGCUGCGUCUGAGCGCGGCUCAGAGGCUCGAGCACGCCUUCGCGCUGGCGCAGCGACAUCUGGCCAUCGAUAGACUGCUGGACCCUGAAGAUGUAAACACACCGAAUCCAGACAAGAAGUCAAUAAUGAUGUAUGUGAUGUGCUUGUUCCAAUCACUGCCGCACAGUGACGUCACACAGACAGACAACGCAGAACACGUGGAACAAACUGACCCUGCAGAUGUGGGAGACGAUCAGACCAGCCCUGUGGAUGCUAACGCUGAGGUUUUCGGUGGUGGCAGCGCUGCCGCAUCCCGUCCCGUGUCAGUGGCGACGACUUGCUCCGUGGAGUUAGGCGCUUACGGCGCCGCGUUAGAGGACGCUCUGGCUGCCUUGCUCGACGGGGAGGAGAGAUUGAACGCCUCGCCGCUACCGGUGGAGGAAGACGACCAGCCGGGCGUGUACCUUGCCGCUUUGAAAGAACACUUCCAUUCCCAUGAGAAAUUCCUGUUGGAGUUGUCUGAACAACAGUGUCGCGUCGGUGCCGUUUUGGAAGAGGGCGCACGAUUGGUCCGAGAGCAAGCAUUAUCAAGAGAUGAGGCGAAUGAGGUCCGGCUCCAAAUGCGUCUGCUAAACCAACGCUGGGAACAACUGCGUCUGGGCGCUAUGGACAAACAGGCGCGAGUGCAUCGUGCGCUGAUGCGGGCUCAACAUCAGCAACUCAACGCCUUUCGCCAAUGGCUGACGUCAACAGAGGACCGCAUGUCACGCAUGGAGACCGAGGAGCAGGCGUCCGGGCCGAGUGAGGCGCUGGAGGGCACUGUGGCGCUUCACGCGGACUUGCGGCGCCAGCAACCGCUCGUGGACGCGCUCGCGGACUGCGUGCUCGUUGUCGACGACGACGACGCUCACUUGGCCAGUGUAUCAGAGAUCGAAGACCAGCUGCGAGCUCUGGGCGAGCGUUGGUCGCACGCGUGCCAGUGGACGCUGGCGCGCCUCGAGCGCCUGCAGCGGGGCGCCGCGCUCGACCAGCAGAGCACCGAGCUGAACCAGCAGAGCGCUGAGCUGCAUCAACAAGUGCACACACUGGAAGCGGACCUGAAACAGAUGGAAGCAUACCCAGCAAGCGAGAUCGGAGAAGUCCUUGAACGCAUUUCAGCGCUGCAGCGCUGUAGCUCGUCUCUAGCGACGCAACGACACGGUCUCGCUGUGCUACUGCAGCGGCUGUCAGCGAUUGAAGGGACGGAGCGCUUGGCCGACGACUGUGACGCGCUGCACGAUCGACUCGACGCUCUGGAGAUGAUCCUGCGAGUGCAAGCUGACAGAAUCAAAGAACUAGGUUUCGAGUUCGACAUCUCAACGGAAUCGAGUGCGGAUGGUACCACCACAAUAACAACGACCACCACCACGUUAGAACUCGACCACCGCACCAAGAAACCGCGCCUUAGCGAUAAGUCCAGCGCCGACUUCCAGAUUGGAUACAAAGUGUUUGACAAUUGGGCUGAACUCACUGAGAAGGCUCUAGCUGAUUGCAUGAGAGAGCUAAGUGAAGGAUCGAGCGACCAGUCGCGCGACUCAGCGCGCGCGUUGCUGCAGCGAGUGCAGCGCGAGAGCGAGGAGCAGCGCGCAGACUUCGCCAACGUCGAGGAGAUACAGAGGCGAUUGGCUGCCGACUCUUCGCUGAGAGAAGAGGCACAACAACACGCGGACAGUAUAGAAGAACUGAAGAAACGAUGGGAGGGCAUACAAAAAACUCUUCUAGACAUACGAAACAUGUUGAACCUUCUAGAGGACAAGGAAAACUUCUACAAGAACGUAGAAGUAUUGCAAAGGGAACUCGACGACGUCCAUAAAUGGAAGGACAAAAUGCUAAAGGAACCGCCGACUAACAAUCAACUGAUACAUUUACGUAACAGAGUACGCGCGGUCAAACAGUUAGAAAUGAAAUUGAAGGAGUUAAACGCACAAUCUAUAAUAUUACUCACGAAAUCGAUAUCGAAAUCGCACAAAGACGAAAUCGAAAGGGAUUCGAAACGAAUUAACGAAGACUUCGAAGAGCUAUUGACGUAUCUCAGUAAGAGAGAAGUGGAGAUCAAGAUAGCUUUGAACAAAAGAACACCGACAUUGCAGAGCGAUGAUGAAUACAAAAUCGUCCAGAGAAAGAUACAAGAUAUGGAAUCGCAAAUAAUUGCUGAACACGCGAUAAUAUCUUCGAAAGACGAAAUGAGUAAAAAAUUGGAAGAAUUAAAACAGAUACGAAAACAAUUCGACGAUCUGCAAGCGUCUUAUGACAGUGUAGUGAAACAGAGAAGGGAGAAGUACGAGAAAGGGAGUGUAGAGGAGUUGAAUUUGAGGAGCAGCGUAGAAAAUCUCGUCAUGAGGUUCUGUGAUUCAAAAACUAUUUUGGAACAGAAGAUAGUUAAAAAUCAAAAAGGUAUAGAACUAUUAGAUAAGCUGGAAUCUGAACAACGAGAAAUGAUUCAGUGGUUGGAUAAAGUUCAAGAAUUUGUGGAUAACAACAAAUCCGUGCCUUUUGGCGAUGUACAGGAAUUGGAAAGGCUAUUGGACACAAGUAAUAAAUACUACGAGCAACAAACUACGUACAAAAAGAAAAUAGAUAGCAUCGAAGAAACCAAAGAAACAAUACUAGACUGCGACGAUUCACUGUCGAAAUCUUUGAAAACGGACAUUAAAGAGUUGCGUAAACGAUAUGACGUCAUCACGGAGGCUGCAUUGAAACUGAACGAGGGUUUAAGGCGUUCUUUAGAGAAGUCCGAAGGGUUGUUCCGUAGAAUAGAUGAUAUGGAGAAAUGGUUGGCGAAUCUUGAAGAUGAGAUGCCUAAGGAGGAUGAAUGUAAUAUCACCGAUUCUGCUGAGUUGUAUCAGAUGAAGACAAGGUUUCAGACUUUGAAGGACAAGUGUGAUGACAAAACGCCCGAGUUCAGGAAUUUGAAUGAGGAUGGAAACGAAGCAUUACUAGCAGCGGAGAGUGCUCCAGCGUUGGCCAGACGGCUCACUCAACUGAACGCUGGAUGGACGAGAACCACACAUUCCGUUUACGAAAGAUACAAGGUCCUAGCAGAGGCGUGGCACGAGUCGGGCGAGCUGAGAGCCUGGCUCGCUCAACAGACGGCGUGGCUGGACGGCUUGCAGCGGCGACUAACCAAGGAGACGAGAGCCCGCGCCGAUGCUGAAGACAUCUCUGACGAGCUAUAUGACCUGGAGAACUACGUGUCCAACCGCAGCGAGGAGCGCAUGUCGCGCAUAGAGGCGGUGGGCCGACAGCUCGCCGACGCUCACAUCAUGCCCAACUGGAUACGAGCCGAGAUUGAUGCCCUCACGCGCCGCUGGGAGGCGCUGCAGAAACAGGCAGCAGACAGGACCGCAGAGUUGGAAGCGGCGGCUCGAGAGGCGGCGCGGUGUGAAGUGUCCCUCGACAACUUGCAGCAGUGGCUGAUUGCUGUGCAGAGCAGGGCCUUCAGAGACGAGCCCAUAGACGAGCAACAGUUGCCCGUGGAGUUCGCAGCGCAGCGCGAAGUACUGCGCGAGGUGGAACAACAAGUGGAAGCGUAUCGCGAAGCGGGCAAGCUAGAAGCGGCCGACCGCCUGCGCGACCAGUUGGACCACGUUCGGCGCAACCUAAAUGAAACAGAGGACCAACUCAAACUAAUGAAGAAAGAACAGGACGAAGAAUCCAACAGCGUGACCGUGUCCGGAAUGGAGUCGGAAUCUGAAGCGUCGCGACUUGCGUCAAGACUGACGCGUGCGACUGACGCGUUGCGUGAAGUACAGCGCGGCGCGGCCGCUGCGUUGUCGUUACGCGCCGCGGAUCCCGACGCUGUAAGAGCUCAGUUGAGGACUUGUCUUAGAUUCUACCGUACACUGAGUGAAAUCAAAUCCGAAGUUGAAUCCAUAAUAAAGACCGGUCGUAAGAUGGUCGAAGAGAAGGCAGUUACAGAACCACAAGAAUUCUCCAAAAAGAUUGACAUGUUGAAAGAACUCUACAACAGACUCGGAGCCCACGUCACUGAAUCGAAGACCAAGCUAGAGACAGCUUUACUGACAGCUAGGGAAAUACAAAAUGAUUUACAGUCUCUCACAUCAUGGCUUCACGGUUUAGGAAACGUUGGGAAGCAAACGCUAGAACUAGAAAUGUCCCGAAUGGAGGCAAUCAAGGAUAAACUGAACGCAAAUUAUGUGGAAUUUGGCAAAAAUUGCGACCAGGUGUACCUUCAAAGUCUUAGGGAACAGAUAGACGAUAUAAAUACAAGAUGGGACAAUCUAAAGCGGCAUGGCCUAGGAAAGAAAGAGACUGAAGUGGAAGCCCUCCAAAGAUACUUAAAUGAUAUAGAACAGGAGUUGGAGAGUCCUGAGACUUUAUCUGCUGCCAAAUUGAGGUUGCUGAAAACUGAAGUACGAGGGAAAGCGAGCGAUGUAGAGAAUAUGGACAAUAAAGCAUUAACGAAACAAUGGGAGAGAAUAUUGGAGAAGAUAACUGCCGCAACAAGUACAGACGAUAAAGAAACAACAAUAAUCGAAUACGAAAACGUGACUGACACGAUCAAAAGACGAUUAGAAAGUCCGGUAAACUCACCUGAAACUGAGAGGCCGGAAUUUAAAAAGUCUAAAAUACCUCUUGCAUUGAAAAGUCCUGUUCCUAUUAAAAAAGAAGUCAAAGAAGGAGGAAACAGAAGUAGAGGAUCUUCAUUAGAAAGGCGCAAAAAGAAAGCCGAUAGUCCUAUGACAGAUAGCAUCACAAGUACAAUGUCGACAGAUUCUAUCGAGGGAUCUAUUUCUGUAAUGGGCUCCGUUCCAUCUACUCCGGAUACGUCACGGAAGGACAGUAGCACUUUUAAUCUAUUGAAAGAUAGCGAUUUGUUUACACAAAUAUCUAAGAACAAAAUCGAACCUAAGCCGCCUUUACCUCCUAAAACUGCUAAGCAAGACCCUUGCCAUGUCGUUGAAGUUAAAGAACAUGAAAUCGUGAAAUCUACAGUCAGUCCUAUAGAGCCAAUGGAAAUAUAUCCGUCUGAUACCGUGGAAACUGUUAUGGAAUUUAUUCCCCAAACUGUGGAAACUGUCAACAUUAUUGAGGAUACGGAAAACGAAUCCAUUGAAUCCGAAGAAGAAUGUGAUUCGAAACGAUCGUCAGUCGAUUUGGGGUCAGAGCCGAAAACUUUUGUCGUCGAAGUGAAAACAUUUGAACAGCGAAUGAAACCUACACUAGGAAUACUAAAACGAAGAGGUGAAAACGAUGCAGAGAAAGCUAAAGUUAUGAAAGUGUCGAUAGAUGUUCCUGAUUUAAUACCGGAAUUAGAGAAGCAAGACCAAGAUAUGUCUAUGAGAACACCGCCUCCAACACCUUUCGAAGGAGUGAAUCUUGAAUGUCCGUUACUGUACGAUUUAGCCGUAAGACAAAACGAAGCUCAAAUGAAUUUGAUGAGGGAUGAGGUCAAUGAGUAUUUGAUAUUGGACGAGGUUCCUAAAGACCAGGCUGCGUUGCCUGAACCUUCUGCUACUGAGACCUUAGCAACUGACACAGUAGAAGAUUUAGAUGGUGGUAAAGCUGUAGAAAUAGAUAAUGCUAAACCGGAAUCGGCUGAUAAUGAGCCGGUUAGUGCUGUGGAAGAAGAAGUCAUAUAUUCAGAAGUAGAAUAUGCACCGCAGGUGCGUCUCUCAGCAGCGGAGUUUGAUGUAAAAGAACCGUUGUCAACGUCGAUGCCAAUUAAAGACGACAAAGCUAAAAAGCAAGUGCAAGUAGUGGCCAUGUCGCCCAAACCAACGCAAGAUGAGGAGGUUUCUCCGUCGCCAAAGAGUAAAUCCUCUUCUAGUCCGCUGCUAGGCCUAAAAUCACAGAUACCCAUUAAAGAUAAGAAACCCGUGAAUGAAAAAUAUCAACGCACCGAUGACUAUUCUCAGGGAACUAAAUCCGAUAUCACCAUGGAUGACGACAUGAGCGAGACCUCAGAAGUCAUCGAGUCAACGUCGGAGCUACGCAAACGAUUCCCAACUGCGUGUGACGAUGAGUUGGAACGGUUCGAAGCGGCGGCUGAACGCAUGGCGCGGCGGAUGCAUGUCAUGUUGUUAACAGUUGGUGGAGUAGCCAGUGAAAGAGAUCCUGCUAAGAGGCUAGAGAUCCUGAAGAACCAGCUAGGGUCUGUGGCUCCAGACGCAGCAGCGUUGAUAUCCCGCGGAGACAGUCUGGUCUACACAAAGCACAAAGACAACCCACAAUUGGCGGAAUAUCUCCAGACACAUUUCCAGGACAAACUGCGUAACAAAUGGACCAUGGUUAUGUCUGAAAUUGAGACCAAAAGAAACGCUGCCCUAAAAGCAGAGGACGAUGUCAAAGAAUUAACCCAACUUAUAGAGAGUUUACAAAAAUGGGGGGCAUCCACAGAUUUCGAAGCGAAAAUGAAACAGGGCGGUGAUAUAAAAGCUGAACUUUUGGAUCGGGAAAAUGAUUUGGAAAGAAUACAAGAUUUGUGCCGUGAGUUACGGGUUCAGAGAGUAACUUUUCCGGAGAAAGCAGCUACUGAGGUGGCGAUGAUGGUUGGCAAGAUAAGGGACGCUUAUGAGGCGACAUCGCCAAAGAAGGAUAAGAAGAAGUUGGACACGUCGGACACGCGAAGCGGCGAGUUCGUGACUCGCACGAACCGCGCGCGCGAAGCUAUCACCACCAUCAUGUCAGCGCUGCGGUCGCCGCCGCUCGCUGGGAAGGACUACGACGAGUUCCCGUUACAAGAGGACGCUCUAGCGAGAAUAAAGUCCUCAAUGGAAGACGUCCAAUCUCAAGUGGAAGAGAUAGAGAGCUCUUACUCGUGGGCCGUGCGCAAGUCUGGUGCGGAGCAAGUGCGGCGCGUGCGGGAUAAGUUGCGUGCUGAGUGGAGCACGCUGUUGGACGCAUACCGAGAUCGACAUGAAAGAUGGUCCCGUUGUCAAACUUCAUGGGCAGCACUAUACGCGGCUUUGGAAAAAGGCGGUGAGGCGUUGGACGCUCUCGAAAGGGACUUAGACUCCGCGGCAGAGAAUGUCACUUCGCAGCAGUUGGAGGAGUUGGAGAAACAGGUUCGCGCGCGUCAACGCGAGGCGAACGAGAUCACCGCAAUGGGUCGCGCGGUGGUGCGUUCUUGUGGAGGCGCGCUCGCCAACGCCAUCCGCGAGCAGCUCGACGCGCACCACCUGCGGGCGCGACACGCGGCGCUCGCGCUCAACAAACUGCGGGACAAGGCUUCUGAAUCUGAAAAGAGAUCAAGCAGCGAGAAGGGUGUGAGCGCUGCUGAGACAGCUCUGCACAGCGUGCGAGAGCUGCUGCUCACCACCAGCGCCAACCCCUCCGACCACACCAGCCUGGCCAUCAGGUUGAGCCUCGUCAAGGCGCGAGAGGAAGAGCUGGGUCGAGCGGCGAGGGAGGCUGAGUCGCAGAUUCGCUCCGCUCCAGAUUCGCCCGAUGUCCGCCGGUUGCGCGGCGUUCGCGACGAGCUAGAGAAGGCUCAAGGAAACCUGUCAGCGCACGGUGAAUACGUGAAGAGCAAGCUGACGGCUCUGGGCAAGUACACCACGCGCCUCGACGCGGCGCUGGCGUGGGCCAUGGAGACGAGGACUCGGUUGGCGUUAGCUGACAACUUGCCCAACGCCGCUCCGACGGACUUAGACACCAUCAUAAAAGACAAGGAAACAGAAAUCCGCGAGGUGUUAGAAAACUACAACAACAUUGAAAAAGAAUGCGUCGCCGCCAAACAAACAGUGUCCCCAGAAGUGCGGGAAAGAGUCCUCAAGCUGAAAGAAGACUGGGCGUUCAUUCGAGAAGCUUCCAAAUCCCGAGAAGGUUCGAGAUCUCGGGAGAACUCAGUCUCAGUUCGGACGUCAGUCCCCAGGGCGGGGAGUCAGUCCUCCGACAGCGAGAAGUCAUCGGAGAGUCAAUUAGAGUGGGGCGCGCGGGUGGGGUCGCGGCGGGGCCCGUCGCUGAGCUCGCCCGCCGCGCUACUCGCGCACUUCGACACCAGCGUCUUACAGAUCCGUGACUGGUUGUCGGUGGAGGUGGAUAUGCUGCGGGCGCAACCGGUCGCCGUCGGCGAUGUCGACGACAUACUGCAACAACUUGACAAGCAGAAGGGUGUUCUUAGAGAGUUGGAGCAGAAGAAACCUCAGCUGGACGAGCUGCUCCACACCGCUGAGAGUCUUAAAGGCACCGAGAACAGACAGCAGCUACAUGGGAAAGUCACUGCACUCCGAGAGCACUGGGACGAAGCAAACGCGCGCGUACUGCAACGUAAGGCACAGUUGGACGCCAUGUUGGGCGACUCGCAGCGUUACGAAGCGAGGCGCCGCGAUGCCGACGCGUGGCUCACACGGAUGGAGACGCGCCUGGGCGCCAUGACUGCCCCUGGACACACCGCUGACGUGCUGGAGAUGCAGCUGAGGGAGCAAAAGUCGUUCCAUGCGGAGGUUCACCAGUACAAGCACCAGGUGGAACUGUUCGGGCAGCUGACGCAGCGCCUCAUCGCAGUGUACCGUAACGACGACACCACCCGCAUCAAACGCGCGACCGAAGCCAUCAACCAUCGGUACAACGAGCUGAACAACAGCAUUGUGGCACGAGGAAAAGCUCUCCACUCAGCGGUUUCAUCGCUGCAAAACUUCGACCGAUCAUUGGAGAAGUUCGUGGCUUGGCUGAGUGAAGCGGAGUCAUUGCUGGACGCUGCUGAACGCGAUCCUCAUUUGCUAAAGGACCUCCAAUCGGAGAUCGAGACACACCGGGAUGUGUACGCGUCGCUCACGGGUACAGGGCGGCGCUUGCUGGGGUCAUUGUCCUCGCAAGAGGACGCUGUGAUGCUGCAGCGGCGUCUCGACGAGAUGAACCAGAGGUGGCACCAUCUCAAGUCCAAGAGUAUGGCUAUCAGGAACCGCCUGGAGAGCAACGCAGAGCAUUGGUCAGCAUUGCUGCUAUCCCUGCGGGAGCUCACCGAGUGGGUGAUACGCAAGGAGACUGAAUUGAACGCGCUCGCGCCGCCCAGGGGAGACCUCAAUGCGCUUAUUAAGCAACAGGACGACCAUAGAGCGUUUAGGAGACAGCUGGAAGACAAGCGGCCGGUGGUCGAGAGCAAUCUACUGAGUGGCAGACAGUACGUGGCCAACGAACCGCCGCUCUCAGACACCAGUGACACCGAACCAAGCCGCGACAGCGAGGGUGACUCCCGAGGGUACCGCUCGGCGGAGGAGCAGGCCCGCGAGCUGGCGCGCUCCAUCCGCCGCGAGGUGGCCAAGCUUGCUGACAAGUGGAACACGCUGGUCGACCGCAGCGACGCGUGGGGCCGGUGCUUGGACGACGUAGUGCAGCGUGUCCGCACAUUCACAACAUCCCUCGACGAGCUAGCAUCGCGGGUGCAGACUGCAGAAGCCGCCCGCGCAUCAUGGCGCGCGCCCGGCGACGCCAGAGAUGCGCGCGCGCAGCUGGACGCCGUCUCCCGCGCCAGGGCCCAGCUUCCUCCGCUGAAGAGGCUGGUGGACGAGCUCCGAGGCCAGGCCCAGGCCAUGGCGAGAGACAAUGUCCAGUUGCCUGAACAUUUGGUUGGAAGACUCGAGGAUUUGAACACUAGGGUAUCAGCACUGACAGCUGGUGGAGAGGAGCGCGCGAGACAGCUAGCCGGGGUGGCGCGGGACGGAGGUGCAGGCGCCGCGCAGGGCUUCCUCGCUGGCUCCGUGCGCACACCCUGGGAGCGAGCUGUCACUCCCGCCAACGUACCCUAUUAUAUUAAUCACGAAUUAGAAACGACGCACUGGGACCAUCCAAAGAUGAUUGAGCUGAUGAACUCGCUAGCUGACCUCAACGAGGUCCGGUUUUCGGCGUACAGAACUGCGCUGAAACUGAGGACUGUUCAAAAGGCGCUUUGCAUGCAUAUGCUCCAGUUACCAGCCGCCUUGGAGGCAUUCGACUCGCACGGUCUCCGAGCGCAGAAUGAUCGCCUCAUAGACAUUCCUGAUAUGAUCACCGUUCUUACUUCGUUGUACGAGGUGAUUGCAGCAGAAAACCCAAGUCUAGUGAACGUGCCGCUCUGCCUGGAUCUGUCGAUCAACUGGUUGCUCAACGUGUACGACAGCCAGAGGACCGGCCAGAUCCGCGUCUUGAGCUUCAAAGUUGGCCUAGUGUUGCUGUGCAAGGGACAUUUGGAAGAGAAAUAUAGAUAUUUGUUCCGAUUAAUCGCCGAUCCAUCGUGUCGCGCCGACCAAAGAAAGCUGGGAUUGUUGUUACAUGACUGCAUUCAAGUUCCACGUCAACUGGGCGAAGUGGCAGCGUUCGGUGGGUCCAACAUUGAGCCGUCGGUACGCAGCUGCUUCGAGCAGGCCUCCGUCGCCACCAAGGAAGGCAAUAGAGGCAGCACGCUGGAUAGGAAAACAGUAGAGAAAGAAAAGGAGAAAGAAGACACCAAAGAGAAGACUCUGGAAAGAGACGCGGACGGUCAGCUCCAGUUCAUAGAAGCGUUCCACUUCCUCCAGUGGCUGCAGAAGGAGCCGCAGUCCAUGGUGUGGCUGCCCGUGCUGCACAGGCUGGCGGCGGCGGAGAGCGCCAAGCACCAGGCCAAGUGCAAUAUAUGCAAGGAGUACCCCAUUGUUGGAUUCAGGUACCGCUGUCUCAAAUGCUUCAACUUCGACAUGUGCCAAAAGUGCUUCUUCAACGGCCGCAAAGCUAAGAACCACAAGCUCACGCAUCCCAUGCAGGAGUACUGCACAGCUACAACAUCAGGCGAAGACGUCCGCGACUUCACGCGAGCUCUGCGCAACAAGUUCAAGUCGGCGAGGUACUUCAAGAAGCAUCCUCGCGUUGGCUACUUGCCCGUGCAGACUGUACUUGAGGGUGACGCACUGGAGUCGCCCGCGCCGUCGCCGCAACAUGGCGCCGGCACAGGCACAGGUGCCGACGACAUGCACUCGCGCCUGGAGCUGUACGCCUCGCGCCUGGCGCAGGUCGAGCUCGGGGCCAGGGCUGCUGAUACACCCGAUAGCGAUGAAGAGCACGCCCUGAUAGCGCAAUACUGCGCGUCUCUCAACGGCGCAUCGGAGGGAGAGGGGGAGGACGCGCCCCGCUCGCCUGUGCACGUGGUGUCCGUCAUACAUCGCGAGCAGAGACACGAGCUGGAGGCUAUGAUCAGGGAACUGGAGGAAGAGAACGCCAGUCUCCAAGCGGAGUACGAGCGGCUGAAGGCCAAGCAAACUCCUGGCUCCACUCCCGAGGAACAGCACGCUCAUGCCGACGGCAGAAAUGCGCCGGUCGAUCAGGACAUGAUGGCAGAAGCUCGUCUGCUGCGACAGCACAAGGGUCGGCUGGAGGCUCGCAUGCAGAUCCUGGAGGAACACAACCGGCAGCUGGAAGCGCAGCUGCAGCGACUGCGCAGACUUCUGGAUGAGCCGGCAGUAACGGGCGGUAACGCGCAAGGCUCGCCCGGCGCUCGUACCGGUACUCUGCAGACGCGCUCCGUGACCGCUUCUCAGCUGGCCACCGACUCGCCCGCCAAGCUGCAUAACGGGCUCUACCAUGAUACCAAUGACCUUGGCCGAGCUGUUGAAGAACUAGUAUCAGUAAUGACGGAGGAUCAAUCCCAGAACACAAAUUCACCUCCUCAAUACACCAACGGGAAACCGGAAGAGAAAGAAAAAUAGGUUUCAACUUCGAGAACAUUCGAUCCAACGCGCUAUGGUGCUGAAGCGGGCAAAUGUCAUCAUAUCUUGAUGGUAGCAUUUUGUAACCGCUUUUUUAUCGCUCUGGCAACACUGUUGAGUUGUCUACUUAAUCUACCAAAGAUACAACGCUUUAUCUACCACUCGAAUAUGAUUUUGUAGCACAAUUUUAAAUGUUCCCCUUCUUUUAUAAAUUCAACACAUUUUUAGUUACACGUUUUAAAACUAAUUUUCGACUCAUCACUAACAAUACUCGCACGUGCUUAUCUGUACAAAACUUAUACAAACUACCGUCUGCGAUCUAUUAGUUAUGUCACACAAAUUCCUUGUACCUCUUAUUCUCCGUCAAUAUAAAAUAAUCGAGAUUUCAUAAUUCUAUUUAACAAACAAAAUCUCUUUUAAUUUUAAAAUGAAAGUAGUAAAGUUUAAUAUUUUUUUCGAUUACAUAUAUUAAUUUUAUAGUUACCUAUUUAAUCGUUCUACAUAAUUUUGUUUAAGAUAAAGUAACACAGUGUCCUUUCACAAGUGUGACAUAAUUAAGGCGUGGUCCCUAAGCCUAAUUUCAUGUCCAUAACACUAAUAACAAAACCGGGCUUCCUUUACACUUGGCAUUUAAUGGGUCACAGGAAUAUUUUCCUUAGGAUCGGAGCCACAAGUUGAUCAGCUGUUCGCACGAACACACUGAUGAUAGCUACGGUUACGUAUAGACGAUAUUCGUAUGCAACGCUUAUUGUAUAGAUAAGGGCAUGCCAUUGUUGCAGUACGUAUCGUGAUUGAGUCCUACCAUUUUUCUACUUCUACUUUGUCCUUACACACUGGUAGUGUUUGUAUAAAUUUCCUACCAAUUAGUAGUUUUUUUGCUAUGAUAACUUAGCACUGUUGCCGAAGCGAAGCGAUUCAACGAAAAAGACAAUGUAACGAGCAUUUACUUAUACUUUAUUAAUAAAAGAAAGAUGUACCAAAUUUGUCAAUACCACAUAAUAAAUACUUGCGAAAGAACUUUUUUAUUAAUCGUUUAAGUACAUAUCUAUUAGUACAAUAUCCAUAAAAUAUCAUAUCACUUCUUGUAAAUUGCCAUAUCAUUUUUUGCUGUAAAAUAUUACUGAUGCGAUAUAAUAUCACAUUAAAAAAAGCGCGAACGCCAUCUUUUAAAGCGAAUAGAAACAUGUCGAUUUAUGAACGACAUAUUUAACUGAUAGUUCUAGAGCUGGCGAACGAUUUGAUCAAAAUGUUUGUACUGAUUCAAAUUUAUAAUGUAAUUUCAGUGAAAAAUAGUCAGUAGAUUUAACUGACUUGUACAGUUACAAUUAAAGUUUGAAGAGAUUUGAACAAAACUUUCGCUGGCUCGUGAAGCGGCUUAAAAGGGCUCUGAAGCUUUAAAUAUAUUAUCACAAUGUUAGCUUUAAUGUACCCUAUGUUGACAUUAUUGAUUGCAAACCGGUAAAUUUUACCAAUAACGCGACGCAAGGGCCUACGUUCUAGUGGAAAGUGUAUUGUUAUUAGGUGAAGUCCCGUUUCUCAACGUACAAUAUUAUGCCAUUCACAUUAUGGCCGUAGUUAAUGAAUUCGUUAAACGGUUUUGCAGUAGUAUUAGAUGUAGCCAAAUAAAUAUCGAGCAUGUUAUUUAAAUGUACGUUCACACGGAAUUUUCCAAUUACAUUGGUAAAGUUUCAAGUUUCUUACUUUGAUAAUAAUUCAACAACGAUAUAGGUACAUUCCUAUACACUUACCUGUAUUUUAAAGUUAAUAACUACCAAAAGUUGGUCUUAAAAUAAAUACCUACUAAUGAGUAGAUUUUUGUAAUGUUAAAAAAAACAUUUAUUUUCAAAUUAAUUUUAUUCAGAUACUGAAUUGGAAAUUUUCAUGUGAACACAUCUUAUGUGUAUGUUACAUAUAUCGAGUUAUCAAAAAAAUGUAUCAUUAGAUGAAAAAAUAUAUGAAUAAUCCAGCUUUCUACUUCAUUAGUCACUUUCUGUUAACUAUCGAAGUCUGAAAUAGUAGGAAAUUCUUCUUAGUGGCUAUGGAAAUCAUGUAACCAAUCUUUUUCACUAUUACAAAGGCAUUACACCUUUCUUCCUGGCUUGGGCGUAGCCAGACUUUUUGUUAACAAUAGAAGGUGGUCAAGGAGGUCAGGUCAAUUAUUUUUAUUAUUUUCGGGCUAUUUGCAAUAAAAAUCAUAUAUUUUAUUUUAUGCAAUUUUGUACAGAUUAUCUUAUAUUUUGUACAGAUUAUAUUGACGGCCUCCGUGGCGCAGUGGUAUGCGCGGUGGAUUUACAAAACGGAGGUCCUGGGUUCAAUCCCCGGCUGGGCAGAUUGAGGUUUUCUUAAUUGGUCCAGGUCUGGCUGGUGGGAGGCUUCGGCCGUGGCUAGUUACCACCCUACCCGCAAAGACAUACCGCCAAGCGAUUUAGCGUUCCGGUAUGAUGCCGUGUAGAAACCGAAAGGGUUGUGGAUUUUCAUCCUCCUCCUAACAUGUUAGCCCGCUUCCAUCUAAGACUACAUCAUCACUUAGAGAUUGUAGUCAAGGGCUAACUUGUAAAGAAUAAAAAAAAAAAAAAAAAAACUAAAUAUUAUUUUGUUUUAUUAAUUAGAUUUUGUAUUGACCAAAUUUCAUUAAUUUAGACAGAUCAAACCAGUUGUUAUCAAUUAUUAUUAUGAUUAAUCUCUUUGAAAUCAGUUUUUUUUUGCGUUAGUUAUACAUACAUACUAGUGACUACCCCUGACCCGUUCCUGGCUACGUCCACGCUCCCUAGUUAUAUUUGAAUGUGACAGUUUCUAUGUCCCGUUCGUAAGUUCGGAUAUUUUGUAUCGUAUCUACUUGUAAGAUGACGCCUACCUUUUUUAGAUAAGAUUAUAUUGGAGAGAUGACUUUUAUACGAAUGUUAAGUAAACUGUUGACGCUAACUUUACAAUAAGUACUUCCAAUUAACCAUAUCAAUACUUGUUUUAAUAUUCGGCCAAUAUUGUUUCCAAUAAUAACAAAAUGUAAUAUUCCAAUUACUUAAUUAAAUAGGUUUGUUACCUAUUUAACAUC